UACAACAGAGAUCCUUACUACAGCAGAGACCAUAAUUACACCAGAGACCAUUAUUACACCAGAGACCAUAAUUACACCAGAGACCAUUAUUACACCAGAGACCAUUAUUACACCAGAGACCCUUACUACAACAGAGACCAUUAUUACACCAGAGACCAUUAUUACACCAGAGUCCCUAAUUACACCAGAGACCAUUAUUACACCAGAGACCCUAAUUACACCAGAGACCAUUAUUACACCAGAGACCCUAAUUACACCAGAGACCCUUACUACACCAGAGACCCCAAUUACAUCAGAGACCAUAAUUACACCAGAGCCACACAUCGACAUCCUAGCUACAGCAUGCUCCGGUAUACCAGUGGUACUAACCACAUCACCAAAUGCUAUAGUAUCUCCGGGAUAUUUAGAAAACGCAACCUAUCCAAGUAA